CAAAGCAUCUCUUUCACUCAAACUGAAAGCAACAAACCACCAAACACACAACAAUGUCCCAACUCAGAAUCACUUCCACCCUCUUUCUCUUUCUCUCUCUCACAUUCUUCCUAUUUCAUACCCAUCUCCCAAUUUGCACUUCCCUGUUAUCAACAGUAGACCUCAAUUUGUUGAAACACAGUGAAAUUGAUACAGUAAUCACAAAGAGGGUUUGCACAAAGAGCAUUGGUGAAUGUUUAACAGAGCCUGAGAUGGAUUCAGAGACAAAUAGAAGAGUUUUAGCAAUGCAGAAAAAGUACAUUAGUUAUGAUACAUUGAAGAGAGACAUGGUUCCUUGUGAUAGAGCUGGUGCUUCUUAUUACAAUUGUCAUCCAAGACAAGCAAAUCCUUAUAGUAGAGGUUGUGAGGUUAUUACUGCAUGUGCAAGAGGUGUUCAACAAAUCAAGACUUGACAUUUUCAUGGAUCAAGGAAAGUUUAUUUUCAUUUCUCUUUUUUCCUUUUUUUUCAUUAUCUAAUUAUUUUUUGUUGUUUCUUUUAUGAGUUUUAUUCUGUAGCUAAUAAGAUUAUUAUUUUAAUUUUUAAAUGCUUUCUAUUAUUGACUUUAUUUUUUAACAUUAUGUUAUGUUAUAUCAUUAGUGUAUCUAUGAAAAUAUCUUAUUUUGUUUUAUA